CCCACUAAAGAGUGAUGUGUUUUUGUGUAUCCUCAGUGUUUUUCGCUCUUGAGAGUUUUAUUGAGUGUAAAUCUUGAAUAAGUGAGUGAGUCUUGUCUCUGUGUAUUUAAGUGUUGACGAUGAGAGAUGAGAUGGACUUAAUGUGCUGUAAAUCAGUAGGAACUGAUCUGUCCAUGCUGGAUAUUGAUGAUUUCAUCAAAGAAAUCUCUCAGCUGAAGAAAGAGGUGGCGUUACUGGAGACAAAGCUCAGGUUAAGAGGAGAUGAAGGACUGAAGAGAGAGGUUUACUUUGAUGUGGAUUGUUGUGAAUCUUCAGUGUAUGUGACUGAUGAUGGGAGUCUGGAUUCAGUGUGGAUGAGCAGAGAUCAGAGCCGCACACCACAGCCACUGCUGGACUCUAAACUCUCUGAAGAGAAAUCCAGACACACACAGGACUCUGAGCUCAGUCUCACUUUACUCUGUUAUACUGAGUCAAAGCCCACAGACACUCAGGACACUACAGUGUGUGACAGUAAACAGAGCUUACAGGAGGAUCAAACCUCCACAGAGUCUCUGGAUUCUGUCUGUAACGCUGGAGAACAACAGCAGAUCCUGCAGACCAAACUGAAGAUGUGUUCAGUCAAACUCAUCGACUGCAGGAACAUCAUGAUGAAGAUGAAAACUGAACCUACAGGAGAGAAAUGUCGCACUGAUGAUGAUCUUGUUCCUUCAGAUAUGAAGACUGAAUUAUGUUUGGAUGGAGAAAUAACGUCCUCAAGAUCAGAAGAGCGACUGACAACAGAAACAGAGCAGAAAAUCAGCUUUCCUACCUUGCAAGAGAAAAAGCUAAAUUCAGAAGAGUGCAGAGAGAAAAAGAAGCAGAAGAAGAAGAAGCAGGAGUUUCACUGUGAGCAGUGUGGGAUACAUAUUUUUGCAACUACAUCUUAUAUAAAAGCUCACAUGAGGACACACAAUAAUAAAAAGCUUUUCCACUGCACUGAAUGUGACAAAUAUUACAUCAGCAAACAAACUCUUAGUGUUCAUAAGAGAUAUCACACAGGAGAAAAAACUUUCAAGUGUCCUCACUGUGAGAAGAGAUUCAGCCACGAAUCUCAUCUGAAGAGACAUGAGCUUUUACACACCAAUGAGAGACCGUAUCAGUGCAGUGAAUGUGGAAAAUCCUUUAAGGUUUUAGGCUCCUUAAAAUUACAUAAACAAAUACACAGUGAGGAGAAACUCUAUCAAUGUUCACAUUGUGAUAAAGGUUUUUAUCAGAAAGUUCAGCUGACAGUCCAUGAGAGAAUUCACACAGGAGAGAAACCUUACGUCUGCUCUCAUUGUGGUAAGAGCUUCUCUAAUCCAUCAAAUUUCAGUAUUCAUCAAAGAGUUCACACAGGAGAAAAACCUCAUCGCUGUAAUGUUUGUGGGAGGAGUUUCAGUCGGCAUUCAGUUUUAGUGUUACACCUGAGAACUCAUACAGGUGAAAAACCUUUCAAAUGCUCUCAGUGUGACAAGACGUUUACUCAGUCAGGUUCCUUAAAACUCCACCAGAGACUUCACACAGGAGAGAAACCUUACGUCUGCUCGAUCUGUGGAAAGGGCUUCUACGAGUCACGACAUUUGACAGUUCAUCAGAGAGUUCAUACAGGAGAAAAACCUUAUCACUGUGUUUGCGGGAUGAGUUUUAGUCAACAGGCAAAUUUUCUGUCGCACCAGAGAAUUCACACGGGUGAAAAACCUUUCAAAUGCUCUCAGUGUGACAAGACGUUUACUCAGUCAGGUUCCUUAAAAUCCCAUCGGAGACUUCACACAGGAGAGAAACCUUACGUCUGCUCGAUCUGUGGAGAGAGAUUCACUAAUGCACAACCUCUUAAGACUCACAAGAAGAAACAUACUGAAAAAGAAACUACUAUUGAAUCAUCGUAGCUUUCUGUUUAUUCAGAAUAAGUUCAGUGAACUUUCUUACAGAUUGGAAGCCAAAAACUGAAUGUGUGAAAAAAAUAAAGUGGAUGCAUUUUGUGAGUAACAAGCCAAAAGAUACCAUGUUCAAGAGUUUAUGAAAUGUUUUAGCUUUUGUACAGCAUUUUUCAUAUUAUUAGCAUCUUAGGAUAAAUCCAUUUAUUGUUUUUGUCACUUUUCUAAGUAACUUUGCUAUCCAAUUUAAUCUUUACUUGACCUAAUUUAAUCAUGUGGAUCAGAAUAAAAUGCCUAAACAAUAGUAAUCUGUAAUAUUAUACUAGACAUGUUAUUUUUGUGUGUUUUUAAACACUUGUUUAUAAAUGGUCUUGUGAUUAACUGCAAAACAUAUAUAGCUGCAAGCAGCAGAAAUGUGUAAUAUACAAUCACAUCAUACAAACAUUUAAUAUGAUAGAAUGGCCACUGGGUGGUGCUUUCUUAGAUUUAGCACAAUCCACUUGAACUGAGAAAUAAAUAAGUUGACUUUCAUUCUGAUUGUCCAUUAGCUGCUCAUAAAAAUCUAUUUGUAACAUACAGUUUUCUGUAGUAACCACAAUUUUACGGUGGUCUUACUAUAGUAACCGUACAAGGUGUUUGGUUUAUUGUAUAUUUUUGGGCUAUGGUUAGACGUCUAUUCAAUUUUCACUGACAGCCCAAAUCUGGCCUUGUUUUAGCCUAUACGUUUGGGUUGUGUUUGGAUGGCUAUUAGACGUUGUUUAAGUGCAAAAUUGCUUGCUGGGAGUUCACUCAAACAUGAAAAUGCUCCUAUAACUUGCCAUCCCAAUUUCACCAUGUUGAGCUCAAUAGAAAAUCGCACAAUGGUAUUUUAUAUAUAUAUAUAUAUACAAUUAUUUGUUUAACUGAAGAAUAGAAGUCGAAUACAUUUGCGAUGGCAUGAGUAUAAAUAAAUUAAGACAAUUUCAUAUUUGGGUAAACUAUGUGACCUUUAGGAACAGUCCCAGCGCCAUGGACGAGCCUGUGGUCUCCCUCCAUCUGUUCACCAGCUCCAUGUCCUGUCAACCAACAGUCCUUGCUUGUUUGCACAUUUUUUUAUCCAUAGGCUAAAGUUAUUGUUUUAGACCUAUAACUCCUGAAUAAAAAUGUGUUUGGUCUGAUUUAAAAAAAUAUAUAUAUUUUAAAUGUAUUUGAUUGGUUUGUCGAUAGUUAGGGAUGACAUAUU